AUGCCUGCCAGACGUGGUCCCUACAGUGGCCAGGUGUCGCGGCGAUCCCAUCGAAAAUCUCGUCUUGGGUGCCGGAACUGCAAAAGGAGAAGGGUCAAGUGCGACGAAGUAAAGCCCAAUUGCGGCAACUGUCUGCGUCACUCCAUUGAGUGUGACUAUACAUUGAACACAGAAGGAACUUCCACCCCAUCCACAGAGGAGGAGACUCGGGCUCCUACAUCACUCAAUGACAACUACACCUUCAUUUCCUCGUCUCAGUCCAAUUUCACUCCCCCAAGGAGAGGGCGUAGCUCACGUCCGCUCCCAACGCAAGAGGAUAUCGAGCCAAAGCCCCAGUUGCAUCUACCGGUGGCAAAGAAGCUGUUCCAGUUCACAGCCACGGACAUGGCACUCUUCCAUCAUUUUAUCACCUCGGCGGACCUGGGAGGAUCUCAAAAACACAUGCAGACCCAACUGUCUCAACUAGAAUUCACCUUCCAUUAUGUUUUGCGCCUUCUCCUCGCGUUUUCAGCGUUUCACCUGGCACGGCACUCGACCAACGACUCGUUAUUAGGCUCCAGGACUGAGUUAUACGCCCUCGCUGAACAGCACUAUGAGAUCGCUGUUCGCGAGGUCACAGAGGCAAUACCACAUCUAGACACGACCACGAGUCCAGCCCUUUAUGCAUCUUCGAUCUUCAUAUUUCUCUGCUCGCUGGCGAAAGGACCCCAGCCGGGCGAGUAUCUAGCCUACCGCGACGACGGUGGGCCAGGGUGCUUGUCUUUAUUCAUGGGCCUGCGGUCAAUUCUGGAGAUUUGUACCGCAACUCUCUCGGUCGACUUUUCGUCCAUCCAUACUAAGGAUUCAGCAGAUAUGGCUCCUCAGCCGGAGGAGCCUCCUUUUCGUAGCCAAGCACUGACCUCGCAAGCAUACGGCGAUCAUCUGGACAAGGUACGACAUCUGAUAUCCACGACUUUCCCGGUCGGUGGCCCCGGGUAUAGAGACUACUGUCAGGUGCUGGACCGACUUGGCCACUGCUACGAUGUUGUAUUUGGGGAUUCCCACCUGCCCGAGUCUCAGCUCUGGCCCCAAAUCUUCGGGUGGUUAUAUACACAGCCGGAUCUCUUUUUAUCAGACGCAGCACGGCGCAGGCCAGCCGCCUUGGUGGUGUUUGCUUUUUUUACGAUUCUGCUGAAGCGACUCGAUGCGGCGUGGUUUAUCCGUGGGUGGCCGGAACAUAUCAUCAAUAGCAUUUAUAGCAACCUUGAUGAACAUCAUCGUCAAUAUGUCCAGUGGCCUAUGCAGCAAAUAGCCCCCCAACAGCUUAUGUUUGCCAAGGGUGACGUCCCUUGA